AGCGGCGCUGGUGAAAUGUUUGGGAGCCAGCCUCCUGUUGGAAGCAAGGCACGGGAAGAGGGCGGGUUUCUUUUCCUUCUUUUUGAGGAGGAGGAGGAGGCGGCGGCGGCAAUUCUCUGCGCAACUCGGCAGCCCUCCUUAGCCGAAUGAAGCGGCUCUUUGCGCGGCAAAAGAGCAGCGCCGCGGAGGCUUUCCUGCUUCGUUCCGCUUCUCUGUGAAGGGGCCCCCAGGAUGUGCUCCUUCCCCUUUAAGGCUGGAGUUGUGAGAGCAAGCGAGAGCGAACGCCCGCCCGCGCGCCGGCUCGCCUGCCUGCCUGUCUCCUCCUCUCCGAGUGACACAGCAGUUAGAUAUGCCCUAUCAGUAACUUAAAGCCCGCAAACUCCACCUCUGAGUGAGGAAACUGUGGGCAGAGGGAAAUGUAGUGCGCGAAUUGAGACAGACAGUAAUCAUUAGCAAACUGCAACGCCGCGAUGAACUUGUCGGGAACCUAAAAGGAGGAAAGAACCAAGCGCCGCGUCUCUCUGUGGCACUCGCUCGCCCUUUCUCCCCCCCCUCCUUCUCCUCCUUUUCUUUGCGCGCUGCUGGGUUUUGUCCAAGACAAUCAAACUGGAUGUAAAAACCUGGUGGGUCACCAGUCCAAGAUGCUUCUGGUUUCCCCGCGGGUAGAAGCACCACGCAUGGAGCCGCAUAUUCCACUACAGGGAUCCAUUAAGAGAAAGCUGGAUGGUGACAGUUCCCCAGCCUCCAACACCAUGCCUGAUGGCAUUUUUCCAAGUGACAAUAAGAGACUCUGCCUUGAUGAUGUCACUCUUUCCAUGGGACAAGGGGCCAAUCCUGCUUCAUGCGCAGAUAUGCAGCACUCUCCAUACUCCACCAAUCACAGUACAUCCUCUAUGGGAGUGGCAGGGCAUGGAAUGCUGCUUGAAAACAAUCACAUGAAUGGUAGCAGUAUAGGCUCUCCGUUUUCAGUCCCGCCUAACACUGAAGUAGGGCAGAAGGGGCCCAUUGGUGGCCAUUAUGAGGAGAAAGGGAGCAGCAUGCACUCUGUGGACCAGGAGCUGCAAGAUCUGUUAGAAGAGCUGACAAAAAUGCCUGACCCUUCUCCCAAUGAAUUGGACCUUGAGAAGAUCUUGGGAAGCAAACCUGAGGAGCCCCUUGGUAGUCUCAACCACCCACAGGCAUCCAUGAACAGCACUCCAAAGUCCUCUCCACAGACCCCACACUUGGACAACCAUGUACCCAACAAAGACUUUUCUCCAGGCUGCAAUCCUGCAAGUGGUGGGUCACCCCAAAUGAGACCCUCAUCAGCUGGAGCAAACUAUCCAGUUCCAUCCCAAAAUAAGACUAUUGCUUCACCCAUUUCUUCAGCUGCGUCAAACAAGAGCCAAGCUCAGUCUAUGCUCCCAGUACCUUUACCCAACAUGACUAGUGCUAAUUGGCAUGCACAGCAGCUCAAGCAAUUGGCAGCAAGCAAGCAAGUCCCAACUACUAAGCACCAAGCUCCUAGCUGGCCUACCAUAUCCUCACAAGGCCUCUCCCCUCCUUACCGACAAGGAUCUUCCCCUCACCAUCAACCGUUCAGUCCUCAGAAUGUCAUGGUGUCUGGCAUGAGCUCUAACAGCUUGCCAGGAAGCAACAUACAAAGUCCUCAGAACUCCUUGCUCUCAAGCAUAACGUCCAAUAGCAAUCCAUCCAGUGGUCCAUCUCCUCCUUUUGGUUCUGAGAAGCUUUCCAGCCCAGUUCUCAACCAGCAGCCUUUCAGCCCUCCAAAUCCCAUCCUUUCCAACCUAUCUGGCACCAGCAUUCCAACCAAUAGCAUCAAAAGUCCACAGAACAACUUGGUGUCUACAAAUACCAGACCCUCCCCACCCUACAGGCCAGAGAAACUUUCAAGCCCUGCUCUGCAUCAGCAGCCCUUUAGCCCUCAAAGUACUUUAAUUCCGAACAUCGUUCCCACCAGCAACCCAACCAACAUGCAGAGCUCUCUCUUCAAAUCUAUGUCGGCCACACAGCCCAAAAACAUGAACAUUAUUAUGCAACAGUCCUCCAACGGCAUGCAGCCAGGCUUGGUGAAUGAAGGUCCUGUGGCCCAAGACCAGUUUUCUUUCAAUAACACCAAGCCCCUGUCCCAUUUCAACUCUGAGCCCACAACUCCUCAGAAGAUGUCUCCUAUGGCUUCAGGCUCUGGGCAGCAAUCACUCAUUCACUAUCUCCAGCAGCAGCAGCAACAAGCUGCAACUUCACAGCAAUCCCAGCAAAUUAACAACAGCCAAUUCAUCCAGCAGCAGCUGCGACAUCUGAUGCAACCCCCUCGGAUUCAGCAGCACGUGCAGCCGUCUUCAUUGCCAUCACAAGCUCGACAGGACCAAACACCUGGGAUUGUUGCUAGACUUCAGGAGCCUGGAGCUGUCCCAAAUGCAGGUUCAGUGCCUGCCCCAGCCCCAACCAUGGUGAAUGGUUACACCAUGAGGAACCAUCUACUAAAGCAGCAGAUAAUAAGACGACAGCAGCAGCAACUGCAGGAAAAGCAGAAGCACAGCAUGAUGGGAGUAGCAUCUGAGCAGAGGAGUCCUUUUGUGGGCCAGGCGAUGAAUCAGUUUCCUGCAGUUACCCAGCCCAUGCCAACAGAUUGCACCCAGUCUAUGCAGACUCCUCCCCCAAAUCACCGCAUGAUGUCAUCUACCCAGGGGAUCUUGCAGAAUGCCUUGGGUUCUGGGAUCACUCCAGCUGCUGUGAACCAGAACAGUGGGGCAAUGGUGAUGAUUCCACACAACCCCAACAAACAACCAGGAAUGUUCCCACCUAAUUCUGACUUCAGUCUCCCACUCCGGCCAAGCCAAAACUCCCUGGGCAUGAAUUCAGGAUGCCAAACAGUUCACAGCCAUCCUGCAGCUCGACCAGGCAUGGCAUUGUCUGGCUUUGCCGCUGGUUCAUUAGUGAAUCACCUUUCUACCCAGCAGCACUUGAGACAGCCGACAAUGCCAAGAAUUCCUAACGUCUACUCCAAUUCCUCUGCUCAGAUGUGGACACCAACGGGAGUUCCUAGGAUGCCAACUCAAAGUCAAAUGGAUGCCAACCUGCAGCAGUUCUCCAGCAACCCUCUCUUCUCAAAACAGAACACAAGGCCAAAUAUCCCUGGUCAACCUUUUUCCCAUCAGGCUGUGGUACCACCCAAUCAGAUUGCUCCUGGGGUCCAUGCCAGACAGAUGCAAAAAGUAAAUCUUGGACAAUCUGGCCAAAGCUUGGGCCCUCUGAAUAAUCAGAACCUGAGACACAAUUUAACAAGAGGACCUUUGCAGGCUGCAAUGAAUGUUAUGAAAUCCAUGCCACAAGGUGUGUCCAGUUUUAACCAGCUCAGUCCUGCUCAAGCAGUUGGCCCGCCAAGUUAUCCUGGCUCUGUUGGCCAGUCAUCAGGAACAUUCAACAGAAUGAAUGCUGCCCCUGAACUGCCACCGCAGUAUGACUUCAUAGCCCAGCAGAACAAUUCCAUUUUGCCUGGGAACUGCAGCGAGGCUGACUUUAUUGACUCUCUUAUGAAGAACAGUGGCGGCAGCAGCACUGAUGAAGACUGGCUAAAUAAUUUGACAAUGAUAGAUGACAUUUUGGGGCAGCAUGUUCAAAGCUCUGGACACGUGUGAUUCUUGAGGGAAGCAGAUGGAUAUGUAAAAAAUCUGUGCAGGACUUUAAUAAAAAUAAACAUUUACAAAAAAAAAACCCUCCCCUUUUUUUCAGUGCUGAAAGAAUGACCUUGCCCAACUAACUCUCCACCUCCCUCCCAAGUUUUUCAAAAGCUGUGUAUAUAUUUGAAUAUUUUGUAAAUUAUGUUUUCCUAAACAUUAAAUAUGGAAGUAUUUAUACUUCUUUGCUGGACUCUUUGUAAAUACCCUAUAGACUACUUUACUCUUUCUUUUUUGUUAUAUGAUAGGAAUUGAAUUACACCUUGUUCUAAAUAUGCAAAUAUGAUUGUUAGUUUCAGUAAUACUGUGUAUUACAGCAUCAAAUAUUUUAUGUUUUUGACAUAACAUAUGAACUAGGGGUGUCCAGGCAAACAAAAUAAACAGGAUGCAAGGAUUUGUAAUGUCUCCUACCUCCCUGCUCCUCCAGUGCAAAUUUAAGAUGACAGAUCAACUGAAUUAAAAAUCCAUUUUGAUCUGGCCAACAAUAACUGAUCACCACCAGGCCACAGGAAUUCAUUCAAACAAAUUGCUUUAUCAAAUAGUUCAUUGUGGCAAGGUCUUGUGCUAGACUGACAGUGCCAACUACCCUUACACUAUUCUUUUGCUCUUUCUGUUCUGCUGUUGACUCGGGGCUGUUUCAUACAAUGUGUGUUCUUGCUGAAAGUACAGCAUUGAGCCAUGAGUUGCAUGUAUGAAUGAGCCACAGGCUGAGCAUCAGAAUGGUCUCCAACACAAAGUUGGGCAAUCAUGUCAGUUCACGAUCCAGAAACAAGUCACUCGAUGAUGAGUAAGCAAGCAGUGAUGCACAUACAUGUGUGACCUGGGCCAUGGGGUAAGAAGGUAGUUGACCUGAAAGACUGCAACAAUAUCAAGUGCUGUUGUGCAAAAUUCUCUAUAUGAGAGCAGGCAAGUCUGAAAACAUGGGUUGACUUUCAGUGAUUAAAAACACUUUCUACAUUGCCCACCUUGACAGUGUAUAUUUGUAGUGUACAAGUGAUAUGUUCCUGGUUCUAAAUAAUUUUCAUAUUUUCUUCUCUGUUUUUAAUGAGACUCUCCUUCGCCACCCAACCCCUCCUGCUUUCCUUUUCUUUUUUCUCCUCCCAGAGAAAUUGUCUAUAAACACAAAUAGCUUAACUUUGGAUGUUUUUUCUGUCAUAUGUAUAUUUAAGAGUCUGUUUAUAAAAGAAAUCCGUUGUACUGUAAACUUCAAAAAUCUUCAUACUUUGUGUAAUCAUAUUUUAAUAGCCACGUCAUCCUCCAUUUGUAAGAUAACGUCCACUUCAAGCACACCAAAAUGUUUUUCCUUCAUACCAUAAUAAACUGCCAGGGAAAAAUUGCA